AGAUCCUUCAAGGGAAAACCCUAGCCAUUUGCUCACACCCGCCGUCUCUGCCCGUGUCUUUCUCUUCCCCCACUCCCUAUCCCCGCCGCCACCUCCCAGCUCCGGCUCCGGCUCCUCCUCAGCGCCCACGCCGUCGUCGUCGUCAGCAGCAGUCGCGGCGGAAGCUGCCUAGAGAAGAAUUGGCCGCAGCCCCGAGGCACCGUCAAGGAUCCUGGCCUCCGGUCGCCGGUAAGCGUCCGGUCACAUGGAGGUGAGUGGCCGCUGAGCGGAGGGGAAGGGCAGCACGGUGCCAUGGCUAAGGGAGUCAGGGUUUGACAUGGGGGAGUAGGCAAGCGAGAUCUGGACCGAACAGAGGGAUUCGGCCUCCACUGCCAGAGAUGGACGACAUUGUAUUGAGGAGAAGCACUGGCCGUUGCAGCCUGCCACGACCUUGGUUCCAGCCGACAUGGUGGCAUUUGCACCACUUACAGGCAACCUACGUCACUGCCCGAGUUAGUUCUAUCAAGGAGAUGGUUAAUAAUGCCGCGGCUUCACUCCCUAUUAAAGUGAACAAUAUGACGAUGAUUGCACAUGUCAUUAAUCUUGGCAAGGAAUUCUGGCUCUUUUUCAGGAACCAUUGCUUUGGUCACAGUACCUGCACUGUACCAUAGACACCAGGAGCAUGUGGAUAGGUAUACUGGGAUGGUCGACCGGAAUUUCUGAAGGCAUUACAAGAUAGUUGACAUGAAUGUGAUAAACAGACUACCUAGAAGCUUUAUA